AAAGAAAUUGAUCAACCUAGAUAAAAUAGCAGAAGAGAGCUGUGAGAGGAAACAAAAAAAAAAAAAUUGAAGAAAAAAAAACCGCCAUUGAAAUGAUGAAGCAAAGCUCAUCGGAGGCAGUGUCAUCGUCUUCUUCAUCAGCCGCCGCGGACCAAUCUCAUCCCUCCGUUUCUUCAUCAUCUUCAUCUUCAUCGGAGAAGCCUCUCUCCUCGUCUUCGAUUUCUCCAGCGGAAGACCUUCAGGUUGGAUCGUCGAGAGAUGGAAGCGGAGGUGCGCAAGAGAUCGUAGCCGUCGAUCGGCCAGGAGAGUACACGGCGUUGUGUAGAUGGACGGUUGAGAGCUUCCCACGUGUUAAAGCUAAGGCACUGUGGAGCAAGUACUUCGAUGUAGGAGGCUACGAUUGUCGUCUCCUUGUUUACCCUAGAGGUGAUUCUCAGGCUCUUCCUGGUUACAUCAGCAUCUAUCUUCAGAUCAUGGACCCUCGUGGUACUACUUCUUCUCGUUGGGAUUGUUUCGCUAGCUACCGUCUCUCUAUCGUUAACCAUGUCGAUGAUUCUUUAACAAUCCAUAAGGAUUCUUGGCAUAGGUUCUCUAGUAAGAAGAAAUCUCAUGGAUGGUGUGAUUUCACCUUAAACUCUAGUAUUUUGGAUCCUAAGAUGGGUUUUUUGUUUAACAACGAUUCGUUGCUUAUCACUGCUGAUAUCUUGAUUCUAAACGAGUCUGUGAGCUUUAGCCGUGAUAGUAACAAUGAGGGCCAGUCGUUGUAUAAGGAAAAUUCCAUAGCUGGGCCAAUGCCGGAUGUGUUGAGUGGGAAGUUCACUUGGAAGGUAAAUAAUUUUAGUUUGUUUAAGGAAAUGAUUAAGACACAGAAGAUAAUGAGCCCUGUUUUCCCAGCUGGGGAGUGUAAUUUAAGGAUUAGUGUGUACCAGAGUGUGGUUAAUUCGCAAGAAUACAUAUCUAUGUGUUUGGAGAGUAAAGAGACCGAGAAGACUUUGGUUUCAGAUAGGAGCUGUUGGUGUUUGUUUAGGAUGUCAGCUUUGAAUCAGAAGCCUGGCUGCACUCACAUGCAUAGAGAUUCUUAUGGGAGGUUUGCUGCUGAUAAUAAGAGUGGGGACAAUACGAGCUUGGGCUGGAAUGAUUACAUGAAGAUGUCUGACUUUAUGAACCCGGAAGCAGGCUUUUUACUCGAUGACAUGGCUGUAUUUAGCACCUCAUUCCAUGUUAUCAAAGAGUUCAGUAGCUUUACUAAGAAUGGAGGAUUGGUUGGGGGAAGGAAUGGGCCUGGAGCUAGGAAGUCAGAUGGACACAUGGGAAAAUUCACUUGGAGAAUUGAAAACUUCACAAGGUUAAAGGAUCUUCUAAAGAAGAGGAAGAUAACAGGUCUUUGCAUAAAAAGUAAGAGGUUUCAAAUUGGAAACCGGGAUUGUCGACUUAUUGUUUAUCCCCGAGGGCAGUCCCAGCCACCAUGCCAUCUUUCUGUAUUUCUUGAAGUGACAGAUUCACGAAGCUCAAGUGAUUGGAGCUGUUUUGUUAGCCACCGACUAUCAGUUGUGAACCAGAGAUUGGAGGAGAAGUCGGUGACAAAGGAAUCUCAGAAUCGUUACUCGAAAGCUGCAAAGGAUUGGGGUUGGCGUGAAUUUGUGACACUUACUAGUUUGUUUGAUCAAGACUCUGGAUUUCUGGUUCAAGACACUGUUGUAUUCUCCGCUGAGGUUCUUAUAUUAAAAGAGACAUCUUUAACAAAAGAGUACGUGGAUGCGGAAUCAGCUAAUUCAGUUUCACAGAAUGAGAAUAACGUAAAAAAAAGUUCAUUUACUUGGAAAGUGGAAAAUUUCUUAGCCUUCAAGGAAAUAAUGGAAACACGAAAGAUUUUUAGCAAAUUCUUUCAGGCUGGUGGGUGUGAACUCCGGAUUGGUGUAUACGAGUCCUUUGACACCAUAUGCAUAUAUUUAGAGAGUGAUCAAUCUGCGGGUACAGAUGUGGACAAUAAUUUUUGGGUUAAGUACAAGAUGGGUAUUCUGAACCAAAAGAAUCCGGCCAAAAGUGUGUGGAAGGAGUCAUCUAUAUGUACCAAGACAUGGAAUAAUUCUGUUCUACAGUUUAUGAAGGUGUCUGACAUGUUGGAGGCUGAUGCUGGGUUUCUUGUGCGUGACACUGUUGUUUUUGUGUGUGAAAUAUUGGAUUGUUGUCCUUGGUUUGAGUUUUCGGACUUAGAGGUACUGGCUUCAGAUGAUGACCAAGAUGCCUUAACCACUGAUCCUGAUGAUAUUAUUGAUUCUGAGGAGAGUGAGGGCAUAAGCGGAGAUGAGGAAGAUACAUUCCGAGAUUUUCUUUCCCGAGCUGGAUUCCAUCUCACGUUCGGGGAAAAUCAUUCACAACCACAAGUUACUCUCCGUGAGAAGCUUCUAAUGGAUGCGGGUGCAAUUGCUGGGUUUCUUACUGGCUUGCGUGUAUAUCUUGAUGAUCCUACUAAAGUAAAGCGUUUACUUCUUCCAACUAAAAUAUCUUGUAAUGAUAGAAGCAAGCUAACAAAGAGUGAGGAAUCUUCACCCAGCCUGAUGAAUUUGCUGAUGGGUGUUAAAGUUCUACAGCAAGCAAUUAUUGAUUUACUUCUAGAUAUUAUGGUAGAGUGUUGCCAACCUUCAGAGGAAGGCUCUCACUCUGAGUCGUCUUUAUUGCCCCCAAAGACAAAUGGUUGCAUGGCUGCAACUUCAUCGGAGUCAACGAGGGAAAAUGGAGCAGCAGAACCUUCACAACAUCUUGUUGACGAGAGAUUCAAAUCUGAUACAGAUGCUACUCUCAGUACCUCAGCUGUACCAAGCUCAGAUAUGAAUGGAAUCGAUAUGCUUGAGAAAGCCCUUGCAAUAGAGCCUACUUCACCUCCUAACAUAUCUGCUGGGCAGUCUUCUGAUGCUUCACUCCAAUCAAAGACAAAAUGGCCGGAACAGUCUGAGGAGCUAUUGGGAUUGAUUGUGAAUUCACUUAAAACCCUUGAUGCGGCUGUUCCACAAGGUUGUCCAGAGCCUAGACGACGACCAAACUCUGCUCAAAAGAUUGCUCUUGUUUUAGACAGAGCGCCCAAACAUUUGCAACCAGAUUUAGUUAGUCUGGUUCCAAAAUUGGUUGAGCAUUCAGAGCACCCACUGGCUGCGUAUGCACUUAUUGAACGGCUUCAAAAGCCUGAAGCUGAACCAGCGUUGCGUGAACCAGUAUACAAUGCUCUUACCCAGUUAGAAUGUGACAGUGAAGUGUGGGAGCACCUACUUAUUCAGUCAUUUGAGCUUCUGAAUGACUCAAAUGAGGAAACGCUUGUGGCGGGCAUUCAUUUUACAUUUAAGACUGCCUCCCAGUGCCAACACCUACCUGAAGCCGUAAGUGCAGUGCGUGAACGGCUCAAAAAUCUGGGUGCUGAUGUGUCUCUUUGCGUCCUUGACUAUUUAAGUAAAACUGUACACAGUUGGCCUGAUAUUGCUGAAAUGAUACUUCGGGACAUCAAUACUGACGACAGUCCAGUUGGCAAUUUUGCAACAUUACCCUGCGGGCCAUUUCUGAUUGGCGAAAAUGAGUCUGCCUCCGAAAUGGCGGAUCUGAUGGAUGAACAUGAAUUCUAUGCGAAUAGGCAGUUUUUUGAUGUCUACAUUCUGCUGGAAAUGUUGUCCAUAUCGAGCCUAGCUGCAGAGGCAUCUCAAACGCUCGAAAGAGCUGUUGCUCGUGGAGCCAUUGUUGCUCAGGCUGUUGCCAUGGUCCUUGAAAAACAACGUGUUGAGGGCCCAGUUCAGAAUGCUACAAGUGGGGAAGCUUCUUUUAAGCAUCAAGAUCCUCUAUUGGAGGGAGAGGCUAGUGAGCAACCAGCCACUGGAGGGAUUGAUUUCAGGACAAUCCUUAAUCUUGCUGAGACCUUAACUCAUUCUAGAGAUCCUCAAGUGAGGGGAUUUGUGAAAAUGCUAUACACAAUAUUAUUCAAAUGGUUUCCGGAUCAGCCCUUUAGGGUUCAAAUGCUAAGGAGACUUGUAGAUAGAUUCACCAGCCCUACGAGUAGCAGCCACGAUUUAGACUUAGACUUGGAGAUUCUAGCUAUUCUGAUUUUUCAAGAGCAAGAGGUUGCUAGACCCGUUUUAGCCAUGCUGAAAAAGGCUGUGGAACAUGCAAAUAUUGACAGGGCAGCCCUGUGGCAUCAAUUGCGUGCAAACAAGGAAGAGCUUGUCCGGUUGAAGGAAGAAAAGAAGACGGAGAUUCAAUCUAUGAUGAAGGAGAAAUCUAGCAUCACACAAAAAUUAAGUGAAUCUGAGGCUGCAAACACCCGUCUUAAGGUAUGUGCUUACUUCAUUUUGUCUGCUGUGAGAGUGUGA